GUCCAGUUCUUCCAUAGCACGUAAUCAACUCUUCAUCAGUGUCCACUCAGGCCGCCCUACUAUACCAAUUCUGGCUCAUGGGGUCUAACUAACUCGAACGUGAAAACUGGGUAUUCUCGGGGAUCUAUCACCGAAACAGACUGUUAUAACCAGACGUGAAUCCUCUGUUAAUUGGCGCUUCGACUGGACUGGACCCAUACUAACAGCGAGCAUGUCUCAACACGACACACCUUGGCAUUCAGAUCUCACACAACGCUUAGCGUCAGAGGCUGACCUCCAACUUGACUCCAGCCAGUGGGCAGCUCAUGUUGCCUGAAGGAAUUAUCGAGGUUUUAUAUGAUGUUUCGGAACUGGCUGAGGCGGACCACUUUAUUGAGCGGGUCAAGCAACAGUUGCACAUUUUACGCGAUUUGCGACACGAAAACAUUGUAGAGUUUCAGGGAUGGAUGGCACAGAAAGAUGGUAAUUUGUUCAGUGUAGUCGCGAUCUCAAGGAAAUGCGAGGGUGGUGAGGUGAUAGGCUUUCUUCAUUCACACAAGGGCGCAGAUCACCAGCAAUUGGUUUUGGGGGUCACUGUCGGCCUGAAUUUUUUACACUCCAAGAAAAUCGUUCAUGGUAGUCUUAGCCCUAGGAAAAUUUUCAUCGAUUGUACUUCCGAGCGCCCUAUCGCUAAGAUUGGAGGUUUUGAUCUGUGCCACUUGAGCGAAACGCCUGUAUAUCCUAACGAAGAAUACUGGUCAUCCUUGCUUAUACGUUAUACCGCACCUGAAGUGUUAACAGGAGACGACGUUGAGUGCGAUAUGCGUAGCGAUGUUUGGUCCUACGCAUGCACAUCCCUGGAGAUACUUUUGGGAAAUCCUCCAUACACCUCUAAGAAUAUUUGGGAUGAUCUUCUCAUACCUCAGGCGGCUAUGGAUGGCAUCCCCCCAUACGAACGGAGAAGCUUGGAUGGUUUCGAUGGUGUUCUGAUGAGCUGUCUGGAGCAUGAGCCCAGCAGACGGCCCCCCAUUGACCAGGUCAAUACGCAGCUAGAGGGACUUUUUCUCCGCAUCCGCAUAGAACGCGAAUUAAUGCAAGAAGAUGAGCGGAACCUCGCGAAAGCGGUACAGCUUGACCAACUGCCUGUACCUGAAGGCUAUUCUGCAUCUCCGUACCCGGGGACUUACAAUGGUGGGCCAGUAUGUAUCCAACAGAUCAAUAUUCCGAUUCCGCCCCUCGAUGAUCUCAUGCGCGCUUUGAAGAGGCAAAUACGUAUACAGCGUCGGUUGAUACAUCCCAACAUAGAGCAGCUCUACGGAUGGGUUUUGUCCCCGGAAACUGAAUCAUCGAUCAGUCUUAGUUUGGUUACCACUUGGUAUCCUCACCGUGAUCUCAUGGGUUAUUUACGCCAACACCCGGCUACAAAUCGCCGCAAGAUGGUGUACCAUAUAGCGCUGGGUCUCUGCUAUCUCCAUUCGGAAGGAGUGGUUCAUGCGGACAUCAAACCGGAAAACGUCGUGAUAGGGGAUGAAGGCAAUCCCUGUUUACGUGGCUUCCAGUUCACGUAUGAUCGUCUGGACGAAUUACGCCCCUCCGACAUUCCUCAGGAUCUCAGUGCUCGUUUUCGACCGCCAGAGUUACUUCAGGAGUCCAGAAAGAUCCCGGAUCAGUGGAGUGAUGUUUGGGCCUUCGGUUGCGUCGGUGUCGAAAUACUCAUCGGCGAAUCGCCCUAUUCAUACCUUCCUGAUAAUCAGGUCCCCAUCGUUGCUGCAAAUUCCGGAAGACCCUAUGAAUGGGGAGAUCUCGAUGGGUUCGAAAGCACUAUCGCUGAAUGCCUCUCGCAUCCUCCGGAAAAUCGAAUAAGCAUGAAGGACGUCCGUGACACUUUGGAGUGAGUCAUUACCAAGCCAUCAGAUUAUUCUCUAUUUACUCCCUCAGUUCAUGGUUAGCGGCGGAAGCCACCUCUGAUAUCUACAACACUGGUCGCCAACGCAACCCCAUUCACCGGAGCGGGUUUUCCGCGCUACGGGAAGAGACUGACCCGAUCCUGGUGGUGCCCCGACCAUCUACGGCUGGGCU